AUGGGGAGCGAUAGGAAAUCCGAGAAGAAGAAUAGGAAGAGAAGCUCUUAUUCAGCCUCCGAAGAAGAAGAUGAGGGCAGAAGCAAGAGGCAGAAAAGAAGCGUAGAAGACGAGGAGAGGAAACACAGGAGUGGUAAGAAAGACAAGGAAAGCUCUCAUAAGCACUCCAAAAGACGUCUUGCCCGUAAAGAGAAGAAAUCAAAGGAUAAGCAGAAAGAUAAACAUCGCAAGGGUGAUGGACACUUGAAUUACAACUUCCACGAGCUGUCCAAUGAUGACUAUUUCUCAAAGAACAAUGAGUUUGCCACAUGGCUGAAAGAAGAAAAAGAUGUGUUUUUUUCUGACUUAUCAUCAGAGUCUGCCCGAGAAAUGUUUUCUGACUUUGUCAAGGCUUGGAACAACCAAACACUUGAAUCCCAAUAUUAUGAAGGCAUUGUAAGCGGACCCAGGAGUGCUCAUAAGUGGAAAUUCAAAGCAUGA